AUGCAAGAAAAAAAUUACUCUAAACUACCUGAAACAAUUCAAGAACCAUUUACAGAGCAUAUUGAAAAUGAAGAAGUAAAAGUAGAAGAAACAUAUCAACCUUCAAAUUUUUCCGUUCAAUUUUCGAAUGUUACUAAUGUAACAAAAGUAGGUCUAGAUUUUGCAAGUGUUGUGUCCAAAGUUACAUUUGAUACAAUGAAGCUUACAACUCAAACUGGACUAGGAAUUACCAAGGUGGUGACUGGUACUGUAUCAGAUAGUUUAAUCUCAAUAAAUAAAGCUACAAUGAAUGCCAUUAAUAACAAUAACGGAGACAUUGAUAAUAAUGGAAAUAAUGAUAAUACUGGAUACUCAUUUAUUCCAAUGAUAAUCGAUACAUCAACAAAUAUAUUACACAAAACAUUAUCGAUUGCUGAGAAUAUUGCUUUGUUUGGGAUAGAUUUGACAUCGGAUACUAUUCAAUAUAGCUUGGAUACAACAACUGAUGGUUUAUCAGUUGUUGAAAGCUUGUUUGGUAUAUCUGAUUCAGCUAAAGCACUUGAAGAAUUUGUAACACUUGUUAAACGUGAAUGGAGAUUUGAUGAUAUUGAUGAAAACAGUUGUGAUGAUACUAUUCACAAUAGCGAUAGAUCUGUAAAUAAUAUCGAUGGCGGUGACAUCAGUAAUAAUUUGGAUACUACUAAUGAUGGUAACAAUAAUAAUGUUACAAAAUUUAGAACAUUACGUAUUAUGAAGGCACUAAUUGUAUGGACAUUUAUACAACACAUUACCAGAAAAAGAUGGAUGAAUAAAAUCAAUGGUAGUUGCGAGAAAAUCAAACAUGUAGAUUUAUGUAAUAUUGAUAAAGAUUGGAGAAAAUUGAAUCUUUAUGAAAAAUUAUAUGAAAUUAUGGUGGGUGAAAUUGCCACUCCUGACAAUGGAAUGUUGGAUCAAGAAAAUGAAGAUUUAAAUAAUCUAUUUAUUGAGACAGCCAAAAAAUACAAUAAUCCCUACUUGGAAGAAAAAUCUAGUCAAACAAUUGAUGAAAAAUUAUUUACACUUGCACAUAAUUUGAAAAGAUACUCUAAAUUUUCAUCAUCGGCUUACGAUUUCAAAAACACUCUUCUUUCAAAACUACCAUUCAAUCGUAAUAAAAGAGAUCAUGGCAAUUGGUACAAAUUCUCAUUUGCUAGUCAAACAAAACUACCAUUGAAUUCAAUAAUUGAUUCUUCACAUCAUAAUAUCCAUUAUAAUAAAAAUGAUGAUGGAGGAUAUCAUCCAACUUAUUUUAUAAUUCGUGACAGAACAACCUCAUCAAUCAUUUUAGCAUUCCGAGGCACAAUGUCAGUAAAUGAUCUGAUCAUUGAUCUUACGUGUGAUUAUGAAGAUUUCCAAUUACCUCAUGACAAUAAAACAUAUAAAGUGCAUAAAGGAAUUUAUAAAGUGGCAAAGAAAUUGGCAACACCUAAAAAAUCUAAAGUUUUUGAAACUAUUAAAAAAGAAUUAAGAAAUAAUGAAGGUUAUGGACUUGUAUUAGUUGGACAUUCACUUGGAAUUGCAAGUAUAUUAGCACUUUUAUUUGCAUCACCUAAAACAUGUAAAACAACAAAAUCAAGUGGUCUCCCUGUUGGACGACGUGUUCAUGCUUAUGCAUUUGCCUCGCCUUGUGUGAUGUCUGGUGAUUUAUCCAAACUGGCAAUUCCACUAGUAACGUCAGUAGCAUAUAGAACUGAUGUCAUAACUAGAUUAAGUGUUGGUCAUAUAAAGGAUCUACGUGAUAUGAUUAAAUUUUUGUGUAAAAAAAAUAACAACAUUGAUGGUGAUAAUGAAGAAUUUGUAAGUGUGAUCAUUAAAAAAAUACUUAAAUAUCAAUCAUCAAGAUUCACUUCCAACAGUUCUAAAGAAGAAUGCGAAGACUUUUUCUGGGAAACAAGUCAAAAAAUUUAUGAGCAUAUGAAUAAUACAAAAUUGUAUCCAGGAGGUCAAGUUUUUUGGAUUAUUGAUAAUAAUAACAAUGUUGAUAGCGGUGGUGACAAUGAAUGUAGAAGAGAGGAAAAUAUUAAUGUUAAUCAAUUACUUAAAGUUAACGAUGUUGAAAAGGCCUUUAAUGAAAUUAGAUUUUCACCAAAUAUGAUUAUUGAUCAUUUACCAAAUGUAUAUGAACUUGUCAUAAUGAAAUUGUAA